AUGGAAGACAAACAGGAGACUCUUGAGACUCUUAAAGAAGCCUUGGUAGACCUUUACCUGAAAGUAAAGGUUCGCUCUAGUGAAGACAUCGAAAAAUACAACAGCGCCCAAAUGGAGCAAGAGAAGGAGGAGCAUAAGGAUACAACAGGAUUUAUGCUGGUUGAUCUUAUUAGGUCAAAUGUGGAAAUACUUUUAAAUAUUAAAUCUGAAGAGGAUAGUUUUUCUGACAACGAGAAGUCCUUGGCAUACCCAAACUUCUUCUCACAAGCAUCCUCGAUCCUCAGCUCUAAAUCCCAGGUGAAUACUGAAGGGUAUGAGAAAAUUAUUCGAAAACUUGAGUCAGAUGUAAGAAAUUUGAUUCGGUCUGAACAACAAAUGAAGGUUUACUGAGAAGGUCUUACGGACAAAUUAGGGUACAAAUAAAACAGAAUUUGAUGAGUUCAAAAUUGCGGUCAAGGAGAAACUCCAUCAAAUCAAAAAGGACAAAAAGACUACUGAAGAAUUACUAGCUCAAAAGGAAAAAGAAUUGAUAGAAGUUAAAUCUCAAAUUCUUCAGUAUGAAGAGAAGGCUCUCAAGCAUCAGCAAGACUUGCUGAGUUAUAAGAGAGAUACAGAGGCCAAGAUCUUGUUGCUCCAAACUAGGUAUAAUGAAGAACUAGCAAGGAUAAAUACAGAAAAAUAGAAAAGCAAUUCUUGAAAUUACAAAUAAGGUACAACAAGCUCAGGAUAAAUAGAGAACAAGUUGUUGAUGGUGAUAUGACUUUAAUGAAGAACAGCUUAAGCACUACUCAAGAAAUGACCCGCUCAUUCACAGUCCUCAGACAAGACACUGGAUCUACAGGAUCUAAAAUAAUUAGGCACAAAAGGCAGCACUCAGAUUCAUCUGGGAGGAAUGUAUCUCUUCGGAGCUUAAAAAGGAGUCUAUCUAGUACGAUUAGGACAUAUAAAAAUGCUACUCAGAAGCAACCUCCCAAAGGUAUGGGUAAUAAAAGUCAUCAUAAGAGUGCAUUGUCCUUGAACGCGUCUAAAAUAUCUGAAAGGAAUACAUCUAAAAAAAGAUUAAACACUAAAAUCUCCAAGAACAGUAUCGUACUAAAUCCAAAUACAAAAUCAUUGCAUUUGACUAAAACUAAAGGAGGCGACAUUGGCUUACACACUGAUCGGAAUUUAGCCACGGAGCUAGUCCCUCUGAAGGGAGGGAAGAUCAGGUAUCAUGCUCAGAAUUUCAAAAAACUCAAAUGAAAAAGUAAAAAUAUUAAGUAAAGAAAAGUUAAGA